AAUAAAAAAGAAUGAUGCAUGCUCGUGUUUUAAGAAGACUGUUUAUUUAGAUAAAAAGAAUGUUAAUGUUCUUGGUAAACAGAUGAAGGCUCCAACUACCCUGUUUCAGUGUGUCAGCUUUACAUUCACAUUAACAAACACAGUAACACCAAAGCUUAUCCUUAUAAAUAGAGGUCACUCCUCUGCCAAAUACCCACAAACCAAACAUCUUCUUCUCCUUCUAUUCUCGUAUUCUUCGAUCUCUUUUAUACCAUUAAUAAUGGCUGUUUUCACCUUCGAGGACCAAACCACUUCACCUGUAGCUCCUGCUACCCUUUACCAAGCUCUUGUGAAAGACGCCGACAACAUCGUACCAAAGGCGGUUGAUUCCUUUAAGAGUGUUGAAAUCGUUGAGGGCAACGGUGGCCCCGGAACCAUCAAGAAAAUCUCUUUCAUUGAGGAUGGGGAGACAAAGUUUGUGUUGCACAAAAUAGAAACAAUAGACGAGGCAAACUUGGGAUACAGCUACAGCAUUGUUGGAGGUGCUGCUUUGCCAGACACUGCAGAGAAGAUCACAAUCGACACUAAACUCAGUGACGGCCCCAACGGAGGCUCAGUGGUAAAGCUGAGCAUAUCUUACCACAGCAAAGGAGAUGCACCACCCAACGAAGAUGAGCUCAAAGCUGGCAAAGCCAAGAGUGAUGCUCUUUUCAAGGUCAUUGAGGCUUACCUUUUGGCCAAUGCCUGAAUUCAACUAAAUUGUUACAUACGACUUUCUUAUAUUUAUAUACAGAGAGUUUUCCUAUAUGGAGUGUGCUUAAGUUAAUUUUGCUUAUAAUGUAAGAGUGUUUCCUUAUUUCCUUUGGGCUCAGACUUGUCAGAACUGAUAUUUUGUAUCUCAUUUCAUCCAUAAUUAUAAUAAAGGAAAGCAUAUGCUGAUAUUUUGUUUC